UGCGUCAGAGCGGCCCUAAGGCGGUGGCAGGGAACAGCCUUCCUCACUCCUGACUUCCGCCUGCCUCGAGUCUGGAGUCGCGGCCUUCCCCACUCUCGCCCCACCUGAGCCUGCGGCGUCCCACCAUGUUUGGCCUUCGGAGAAACGCGGUAAUCGGCUUGAACCUGUACUGCGGCGGCGCUAGCCUCGGCGCGGGCGGCGGCUCUCCGCCCGGGACGCGCCUGGGGGCCGAGGAGGCCAAGGCGCGGCGCGAGGGGGGAGGGGAGGCCGCUCUGUUGCCCGGCGCGCGGGUGGUCGCCCGGCCGCCUCCCGUGGGCGCCGAGGACCCCGACGUCACCGCGUCGGCAGAGAGGCGGCUGCUCAAGUCGCCCGGCCUCCUCGCCGUGCCGCCUGAGGAGAUGGCCGCGUCGGCUGCCGCCAUCAUGUCUCCCGAGGAGGAGCUGGACGGCUGCGAGCCGGAGGUGCUCAGCAAACGCCCGGCGGUGCUGCCCCUACUGGAGCGCGUGAGCGAGGCGGCUAAGAGCUCCGGAGCUGACGGCUCGCUGCCCUCCACGCCGCCGCCGCCUGAGGAGGAAGACGACGAGCUGUACCGCCAGUCGCUGGAGAUCAUCUCGCGCUACCUGCGGGAGCAGGCGACCGGCUCCAAGGACGCGAAGCCUCUGGGCGAGGCCGGCGCAGCGGGCCGGAGGGCGCUGGAGACCCUGCGGCGCGUGGGCGACGGCGUGCAGCGCAACCACGAGACGGCCUUCCAGGGCAUGCUUCGGAAACUGGACAUUAAAAACGAGGACGAUGUUAAAUCUUUUUCUCGAGUGAUGACCCAUGUUUUCAAAGAUGGCGUAACAAACUGGGGCAGGAUUGUGACUCUUAUUUCUUUUGGUGCCUUUGUGGCCAAACACUUAAAGAGCAUAAACCAAGAAAGCUGCAUCGAACCUUUAGCAGAAAGUAUCACAGACGUUCUUGUAAGGACGAAGCGGGACUGGCUUGUGAAACAAAGAGGCUGGGAUGGGUUUGUGGAGUUCUUCCACGUACAGGACCUAGAAGGCGGCAUCAGAAAUGUGCUGCUGGCUUUUGCAGGUGUUGCUGGAGUAGGGGCUGGUCUGGCAUAUCUAAUAAGGUAGCUUGUGAGUGCAAUAGGGGACUCUAAAACCUCCAGCCACCAACUACAUGCUUCUGUGAGAACAAAUGUGUUUAUGAAGGUGCACUUGAAGCUGCCCAGGAUUAUAACACGGCAGAAAGUGGCUACAGAAUUGUGGCUAACGAGAAUAAAUACAUGGGAAAAGUGCUCCCUCUGGAAGAGUCACUGUCUGAAUGAAGCAAGGUUCACUCUCAGCAAACUUUGGGAGGCCAUGGAGGACUUCUAGAAUGAAUGAAAAGGGUGAAUGGAAAGGUUUGAUUUCCUUGUCUGGAGAUGGAAGAGUGGCCAGUCACCAGGCUAGUCCUAGAGUUCAAUAAGUAUGCAGCACCCAUUACUCUGCUCCUAGUGCUGACAGAGAAGCCCUAACAAUGGUGUGACUUGUGUAAAAUGGAUGUUUAACCUACAAAUAACUAAUUUGGCUAGAAGCCGCAGUGCUGUACAAGAGGGUGAAGGAGGAUGUGCUCUGAGCAGGCCCAGGUGUGUGUAAGUUUAUUAGUCUAGUGAUGGCCAAAAAGUACUUGACUUAAUAAGGUUCAUUAAUUAGUUACAAAACUGAACAGCCUCAAUUUUUAAGAAAACUUAUGAAAUGUAUUUGUCUGUAAAAAUUGUAUAUAUUUUUACAGAAAGUCUAUUUCUUUGAACAUAAAAAGGAAGUCUUGGAUUUAGUUUUUCCAUACCCUUUUGAAAUUUGCAACUUCUCUAGUUAGAAAUGUAUUUCUUACAGCUUUUUAAAACUUUGUCAUGAUCAGUUCUAGUGUAUAUGCAGAGCCAGUUGUGUGUGUGGACUGGUUGUAGUAGAACAAAUCCGAGUUAUAACUAUGCAGGGUUAAUUAUCCAAUCUGUUUCUGUAUUUAAGGAUCACAGGUAGAUGUAAGACAUUUGAUCCCCUGUUGACUUACUAAAUUGUAAAAUGCUUUGGGAAAGCAAACUAAUCUUUACCACGGUGCUAUUCACAGGCUUUACUUGUUUAAUACAAGUUUAAGCCUGGUGUCAAUAAAACAAAUAUGUAUUUCUUUUCUACUAAUGACUGCCAAGCUUUGUUUGGAAUUUUUGUAUUGGUCUUUCUAGGUGUCUCACCUGUCUUAUUGAAUUAACCUUGGCUUCUCCUUCCUUUACAUGUUGGCUUGUUAUGCUUCCUGUUCCCCUAUAGAUGUAGUCGUCUGCAUUUCCUCCCUGUGCUCUUUCCUGGCCAUGUUAUCUACAUUAGAACCCUUAACCCUAACCCCAAAACGUCAAACCUAAGUAAUCCUUCCCCCAUCCUAAGUCAGUCACCACAACUUUCUUGUUAGAGGAUAGUAAUACUUCCUCUUUGAGCCCUGUGACCAACAGUAACUAGGUAUGGACAUUCUUGGAGUGGGAUGUUUUCCAUUGUUUAUCCUCUUUUGGUAAGAAAAGCAUCAAAGGUCCCCUUGGGAAUUUCAAAAGUUGGAGUGAGCUACAUCAUAGCUUUAUAGUUUGCUCCAAGUGUGAAUAUGUUCUCAAGUUUAUAGAAACAUGGGUUUCGUUAAACCCAGUUAUAUAAAAGCCACUGGUGAACUGAAGGUGUUUAAGCUAGGGUCACUUGAAAGCUUCAGCCUCAGAAUGUGACCUUUAGUCAAGGCUGCAGAUAAAAAUAGGCAUGAAUCAAAUGACUAAGAAUGUAAUGGGGAAGAAGUACCCUGCCUGCCCAUCUCAGCCAUGAGGCCAUCUUGGUGGAGCAAUUUGUACCUAUGUAUUUAUCCUUGAUCAUAAUUUGCUUAUUUAUGUUUAUCUCUUUGGACUUAAGAGCACUUUAUGUAGUUGAAUAAACCCUAUAGGUUGAGGUGACUAAAAGGUUGGCCUCUCAUAAUCCAGUCAUGGAAGUUUUGUUUACUAGGAGCCUGACUUCCCAGCUCACACGGUGUGAAAGCUGAAGUACAGAUAGGAUCUUAGUAGGUAUUUUCGGUCCAGGGCUAUGAAGACUUGGAGAGUUCAAGUGGUUGGGAAAGGGAUUGAUUUAGAAGGAAAGCAGCAUGUGGUCUGAGUGCUGACUAGAUGAAUAGUUGAGGCACAUCCUCCAAAGUGUGAAGGGGGAGGGGCUGUUUGGAAAGAUGGCUCUCAGCAAAUUCUGUUUGUCUUACACGUCUCUCAGGGAAAAAACAAGCAGUCUUCAAGCAUCGUCCAUGUACAUUCUGUCUGGGGUGAACACCUUCAUUCCGGUAGAGCACCUAACAUUUUAACACCUGUUCCCGAAAGGGUUAGGACCAACUGCAAGUUAAUGUGGGUUGUAAAUGUUUCCCCAAUCUGUUUCUUCUGAGGAAAAAAUAAACCUUUUUCCCCCCAAA